AUGCUGGGGGCCGGCCGCCGGGCAUUCUCGGCGCUCUCCCGCCCGACACUGCGCAAUGCGACGACUUCGACCCUCUUCCAGUCCCCGGCCGCACUCCGCCGUCUCCUCUCCGCCCUCGCCAUCCUAGAACAGCGCGAAGGCAAGCUCAACACUGGCUCACUUAGCGCCGUAACCGCCGCUCAAAAACUCGGAGGCUCUGUGCACGGCUUUGUCGCCGGUAGCAGCAUCAAAUCCGUCGCCGACGAGGCCGCCAAGGUUGAGGGGCUCGAAAAGGUCAUCGUGGUGGACAGUGCGGCGUAUGACAAGGGCCUGCCGGAGAACUAUGCGCCACUGCUGGUAGAAAACAUCAAGAAGGGCGGGUACACGCACGUGGUUGCGGGCAAUACGGCGUUUGGCAAGAACGUGUUGCCGCGGGUGGCCGCGCUGCUGGAUUCGCAGCAAAUCUCAGAUAUCACGGCUAUCGAGGACGACAAGACGUUUGUGCGGCCGAUUUAUGCGGGCAACGCGAUUGCCACGGUCGAGUCGUCGGAUGCGGUCAAGGUGAUUACCGUGCGGGGCACGGCCUUCCCGGCCGCGGCCAUCGGCGGUGGCUCGGCGGCGGUGGAAGACGGUGUUGACCCCAAGGUGGAGAGUCAGACGGAAUGGGUGUCGGAGGACUUGGCGACGUCAGACCGGCCGGAUUUGGCGACGGCGGGUAAAGUGGUGUCAGGUGGGCGGGGUUUGAAGUCGAAGGAGGAGUUCGACAAGAUCAUGAACCCCCUGGCGGACUCGCUGGGAGCCGCGGUGGGUGCGUCACGCGCGGCAGUCGACAGCGGGUACGCGGACAACAGUCUGCAGGUGGGCCAGACCGGCAAGGUGGUAGCGCCGCAACUGUACCUGGCCGUGGGCAUCUCGGGCGCGAUCCAGCAUCUGGCGGGUAUGAAGGACAGCAAAGUGAUCGCGGCGAUCAACAAAGAUGCGGAUGCGCCGAUCUUCCAGGUGGCGGAUGUUGGGUUGGUGGGGGAUUUGUUUGAGAAAGUGCCGGAGCUGACAGAGAAGUUGAAGGCGUAG